CUGGCAAUGACCGGUGCACGAUUGCUUCGGGUCGUCAUACCCGAACGUUUGAAUUAUCUCAAGUAUCUGAAUGAGGAAGACAUGUUAAUUUGGACUGCUUUCUCUGUAAGGUGCCUUUGUAAUCUUUGCGCUAUCCCUCAGCACUCAUCCAGUGGCAGGUCACUGGGUGCUGUGGGACAAUGGGAUCCAGCACGGGAACAUCAACGUGGGCAGCUUGAUGUCCAAACCAGACACGAGGCGAGGGGUUGUUAUCGACUUCGACCUCGCUCGAUUGGACGGACAGAGUGAGAAAUCAAGUGGAAAGGUCAACACUGGAAAUCUGCCAUUCAUGGCUCUGGAGCUACUAGGUUUUGAUGUACUUGCAUGGAGAAGGGUGGUGAUGGUCAAAUCCACACCAUCAGUCCCCAUCCUUUGUUAUCAUAGUUCGGGCACCCAGCCACCUGUUUUACUUCCAAGGUGUUCGAAGAAACGAAGAACCUUCUCAGGGAGGUUCGCCUUCACAAGGGAUUCAGGAAAUCGGCUGCUGUACUUCGCCACCACUGCGUCAUAGAGCGCCUUCGGCAAGCGAACGCUGAUGAUCCCCCGGCUGAGCCCCCAGUUGAAAAUCCUUUGGCAGAGCUCUUUGGCAUACCCACUCAGGAGCCGAAAGUAAUAGUAUACCAGGAACCCUUGGCGAAGGAAUCAUUCAUCCAAGUAUAUGCGCUGCUCAUUCAAGGUCUUCCAGAGUCCAAGAGGGAGGAAAUGAUAGAACUUGUAGCAGAAUUCCAGAUCGCUCGCGCCCAGUUCCGUGACCUUGAACCUCACAGUUGGUGUGUACAUUAUCUGAAUGCUCGCAUCACAUUACAAUGGAAUUACUUCCCCUAAUGGAACCAUGUGCUUAU